UAAACAACUUCUAUUCCAGUAAAUGUAAAUAGACAAAAGGAGAAAUGAGAAAUUAAAUUUUGAAGCACGACAACAAAAUAGAAGUUAACCAUGGACGAGGAUGAUGAUGAGCACUUUCAGUAUGGCUCUCCUCCUGGUGGUGGAAAAUGGGACGAGGAAAUAAUGCGGUCCAAUGACGAUUUCGAAUACCAGGAUAAUCAAGGGAUCAUUGAUGAAUGUAAGGAACUACUGGGGACAAAAGAUUUUAUUAUGGAGACAUCAGCUGGUUCUGUUGUUAAAAGAUUUUUAAAUGCUGGUGGUGUCCCGCAUGAGUUUGUCGACCUGCUUGCUGACAAUUACCACGGAUCAGCACAACAAGUGAAUCUACUAGCUGAUUGGUUGAUAGUAGCAGGAGCAUCAGUGGAAGAUGUUCAAGCCGCAGUAGAAAAUCAACUGAGGGAUUUGAUUGUGAAGAACUUCGAUCCUAAGAAAGCUGACUCCAUAUUUUCUGGAGCUGGCCAGCCUCCUGGUUGGAUUGAAGAAAUGAUCGUGCAUUCUCCAUGGCGAGCCAUGUUCUACACACUAGCAGACAAACAUCCAGACUGUUUGAUGUUGAAUUUCACGAUAAAGUUGAUUUCCGAUGCUGGUUUUCAAGGUGAAAUCGGUGCCAUGUCUUCAGCAUGUAAUCAAAUUGAAGUUUUUUCGAAAGUUGUCAAAACAGCUGUGUUCAAAUAUUUCUCACAAAACGCUGCAAGCAGAACGACCGUGUUAAGUGAUCUAGUUAAAGCUUGUUGCAACGGCAAACAUAUGUAUCUCUACGCACAGUGCAUGUUAACAGGCGUAAAAGAAGCAUUAGGUAACACGCUGCUAGGAGCGUGUAUUGGCAGGUUGUCUCAGGAGUUAAACAAAGCUGUGUUGGAGAGUGGUCGUGAUGUAUGGCAUUUAGUCCUCAUUAUUCUUGGGUGUAGUCAGUAUCCUCGUGUAUUCUCAUCCAUUGUUUCGCUGGUCGAAAGAAGAACUUUAAAUCCAGGAGAUGUUACUGUAUUGUAUAGAACGUACUCCUCCACGGAGCCUCCGUCGGUUGAAUUUCUACGAAUACCAGUUUUAUUAGAUUUGCUUACGUCAGCAUUAUUUACUCCUGAAGCAUCAAUUUCAGCUGAUCACAAACCGAAGUAUAUAUACCUGCUCGCUUAUGCUGUUUCUGUGUAUGAAACAUGGGAUGAGGAUAGAUGCGAGGCGGUUUACAAGGAAGAGUUAAAGCCAACCAUUCAAGCCAUCGAACGUGUUCACAAAAUUUGCUGUAAUGAUAUUGGGUCGAGUUCUUUGCAACUAACGGCUGAUGUUGGAGUCCUAUACCAAUGUGUGAGAUAUCCUGUUGUUGCCAUGGGUGUUUUAAAAUGGGUGGAGUAUUGUUUAUCCGAGAAAAACUACGCUAAAGUCAUCACAGAAACUGCGCCCUUGCAAAUUGUUCUUUUAGAUGAGAUUAGCAGUAGCCAUCCCUUGCAACACGAACUCGUUCUGAAUCUGCUCAAGUCUUUAUUUGAAAGAAAUUAUCCUGAAUUGGACACGUUAGUCGAGCUUGAAUUUAAGAAAACAGCUAUUGAUCGAAUGCUGCAUUUGAUGAGUCGAGGCUACAUUAUGCCAGUUGUGAUUUACGUCAAAAAUUGCAUGGAUGCGCAGACCACCGAUAUGUCGUUAUUGAGACACUUUCUCACUGAGGUACUUGAAAUGAUCGCUCCACCGUAUUCUUCAGAGUUCAUCGCAGCCAUGCUCCCUAUUGCGAAGAAUAAAGAGAUCACAGCGCCGCUCAAAGUGUCGGAUGGUGGCGAUGACGUCACGGAAUUUCUAGCGCAUUGUGAAAAUGGAUAAGUGAACCUUGUCAUGUUGGAUUGUAAAGUUACAAUGACGUAAUUUACCCGUAUUCGGAGAAGGACCGAAGCGAUUGAAAGACUUUCUCAAAAGGAUUGUAAAAGAAACGAGUAAAGAUUUUAUUUAUAACCAGUUAUGAUGCUUUUGAACAGAUUGUAAAUUAGUUUUUAAUGAUAUGCAUGAAAAAGAA